AUGUCAUUGUGGGUCGAUAAGUACCGUCCUAGGUCUUUAGAUACUUUGAGUCAUAAUGGACAUUUAACCAGUGUUUUACAAUCUAUAUCACAACAACCGAGAGACUUACCACAUCUACUUUUAUAUGGUCCUAAUGGGAGUGGUAAAAAAACGAGAUGUAUGGCCUUGUUGGAGUCGAUAUUUGGCCAAGGUGUUUAUAAAAUGAAGAUCGAUGUGAGGCAGUUUGUGACACCUUCAAACAGGAAAUUAGAUUUGAAUGUUGUAAGUUCUGCAUAUCAUUUGGAGAUCACACCUAGUGAUAUGGGGAUAAACGAUAGAAUAGUGAUUCAACAGCUGCUAAAAGAGGUUGCACAGAUGGAACAAGUGGACUUCCAAGAGUCUCAAGAUGGGCUAGCUCACCGUUACAAGUGCGUUGUAAUUAAUGAGGCAGACUCUUUGACAAGAGAUGCACAGGCGGCAUUGAGACGUACGAUGGAAAAAUAUUCAAGAAAUGUUCGUUUGAUCAUGUUAUGUGAUAGUGUAUCUUCGAUUAUUUCGCCGAUAAAAUCAAGAUGUUUCAUGGUGAGAUGCCCUGCACCUCCUAAUGAUGAAACUGUGAACAUCUUGAACUACGUUGCCUCUAAGGAGAAAGUUCAACUGGAAUCUGAUGAAGUGUUAAAAGUAAUUGCUCAAGAAUCUGAAGGUAAUCUUCGUAAAGCAUUAUUGAUGUUGGAAUCGAUGGCAUUAUGCAACGAGAUGCAAUUAAAGAAGAGUACCCCAAUUAUAAAACCUGAUUGGGAAUCCGUCAUUUCCAAACUGGCAACAAAGAUUCAAAAAGAAAAAUCUGUUGGAUGUUUAGUGGAGUGUCGAUCCUUUCUCUAUGAUCUUCUGGCACAUUGCAUUCCAGCAAGAACCAUUUUACAAGAAUUGACAUUUGCACUUUUACGGAAUUCUAGUAAUGAAAAGGCCAAAAUUGCCAUUUUACAAACUUCAAGCAUUUUUGAUGAAAGGUUAUCACUAGGAAAUAAACCCAUCUAUCAUUUAGAAGGUUUCGUUGCUAGAGCCAUGUGUUCCAUGUAG